CCAAAUAAAAUCGAAGAAAUUGCGAAUACCUUGGUCAAUGUGCUCCAACAUCACUCCAAAGCAUCCACAUCAACAACAUCAAGUGCCCCAUUGGAUGUUACAAGUGGAAGCCACCAGAACUACUCAGCAAAACAACGUACAACAGCAACAGCGGACGAAGGGGGCGGUAGUGCACAACAAUCCGGAGAUGAAUCCACCAAGGGGCACUGCGCAAUACCGUUGGAUGACAGUGAGUACGAGAAUAAACGAGAUCCACGACGUCGAAGACCAACACCACACAGUAUUCCGGCUUUACCGCUACCAAAAUUUGCAUACGAAUCUCGUUCAACACCGAGCAGUAGUUCACGUCGUGGCAGCCUGACUGAUUCGUAUCAUUCGCAGCGCCGAUAUGAUGCACGACGACGAAAGAAGAGAUGA